CUGUAACUGUCCAAGACGUGCGGGGGCUGGACAGGUGCACGAAUCAGGGUGAAUUCCACGAGAUUCACUAGCGGUUUUGUUCGCAUCCAAGGAGGAGGCGCGCAGCCCAGAUCCCCUGCAGUCUAGUAUCUCAAAUCGCUCAGCUGAGGGCUGCCAAGGUUGGCCGCGCAAUCGGAGAAGUCCCUCUGGCCAGCCUGGCCCUCCCCCGACCCCCGGAUUGGUUUUUCCCAGCCGCGGAGGUUGGGCCUGUGGCUGGGGUGCGAGGACAGUCGGCGCCCCGCAUCGCAUCGCGGAGCCGGGAAGUCGCUGGGACUCUGGUGGGACUCCGACUUGUGUCUGGAGGUGGUGGACACAGAGGUCCUGCAGCGGAUCCUGUGCGAGGCGCCGACAAAAGAGGCGAGGAGGUGCCACCCCGGGGCGGCAGCUGGAAGAGGAGCUGAGCGUCCUGACGCGCUGUGCGUACUUUCUGGAGGGAAGGGGCGGGGGAAACGGCCCCGGUAGGGGGACGCCCGGCGGUGAGGGGGGUUAGCCAAGUUCUGGCUGUGGCGUUCCUCCGCGGCUCCCAGAAGAGGAAAGUUUUCUUCAGACGCUUUCGGCCGACCUGCGUCCUCCGGGCCCAGCUCCCGAGCCUUCGGAGCGGGCGCCGUCCCAGCCCAGCUCCGGGGAGACCCGUGCCGUGAUGCCUGGGGGGUGCACCCGGGGCCCCGCCGCCGGGGACGCGCGGCUGCGGCUGGCGCUGGUCCUACUGGGCUGGAUCUCAUCGUCCUCACUCACCUCAUCGGCGACCCCCUCCACCUCCUCCGCGCCGUUCCUGGCCUCCGCGGUGUCCGCCCAGCCCCCGCUGUCGGGCCAAUGCCCUCCGCCGUGUGAGUGUUCAGAGGCGGCGCGCACGGUCAAGUGCGUUAAUCGCAACCUGGCGGAGGUGCCAACGGACUUGCCCCCUUACGUGCGCAACCUCUUCCUCACCGGCAAUCAGCUGGCCGAGCUCCCGGCAGGCGCCUUCGCCCGCAGACCACCGCUGGCGGAGCUGGCGGCGCUCAACCUUAGCAGCAGCCAACUGAAGGUGGUGCACGCUGGCGCCUUCGAACAUCUGCCCAGCCUGCGCCAGCUCGACCUCAGCCACAACCCGCUGUGGGACCUCAGCCCCUUCGCUUUCUGGGGCAGCAACGCCAGCGUCUCGACCCCUAGCCCCCUGGUGGAACUGAUCCUGAACCACAUCGUGCCCCUUCCAGUCGAAUGGCAGAACCGGAGCUUGGAGGGUAUGGUGGCUGCGGCCCUACGAGCUGGUCAGGCGCUGCGCGGGCUCCGCCGCCUGGAGCUGGCCAGCAACAACUUCCUCUACCUACCCCGCGACGUACUGGCCCAACUGCCCAACCUCAGGCACCUGGACCUGCGCAACAACUCGCUGGUGAGCCUGACUUAUGUGUCCUUCCGCAACCUGACACACCUAGAAAGCCUCCACCUGGAGGACAACGCCCUCAAGGUCCUUCACAAUGGCACCCUGGCAGAGUUGCAAGGCCUGCCCCAAGUCAGGGUCUUCCUGGACAACAAUCCCUGGGUCUGUGACUGCCACAUGGUGGACAUGGUGGCCUGGCUCAAGGAGACAGAGGUAGUGCAGGGCAAAGCCAGGCUCACCUGUGCAUUCCCGGAAGAAAUGAGGAAUCGGGUCCUCUUGGAACUCAACAGCUCUGACCUGGACUGUGAUCCUAUCCUCCCUCCAUCCCUGCAGACUUCUUAUGUCUUCCUAGGUAUUGUUUUAGCCCUGAUAGGCGCCAUUUUCCUACUGGUUUUGUAUUUGAACCGCAAGGGGAUAAAAAAGUGGAUGCAUAACAUCAGAGAUGCCUGCAGGGAUCACAUGGAAGGGUAUCAUUACAGAUAUGAAAUCAAUGCAGACCCCAGGUUAACAAACCUCAGUUCUAAUUCGGAUGUCUGAGAAAAAUCCGAGGACAGAACAAGGACAGAUAUGCAUGAGAUGUAGACUUAAGCUUUAUCCCAUCCUAGGCUUGCUCCACCUCCACUCUCCACUACAGACACCACUGACCUUGACUAGAAGCAGUGAAAGGAAUUUGCUUCCUUGUCCUGUAAAGUUUCUUGGUGUGUUCUGUUAAUGUAAGAUGAUGAACAACUGCAUCGUCUUUUACCCUCUUCCUCGAACUCCUCAACACACGUGGAGGGAUUUUGCAGGUUUCAGCAUGAACAUGGACUCCUGGCUGUGUGUUUCUCUUAGUACAUACAGUUCAAGGUAUAGCAAGUGUACCCACACAGACAGCAUUCAACAAAAACUGCCUCAACUUUUUUGAGAAAAAAUACUUUAUUCAUAAGUAUCAGUUUUGUUCUCAUGUACCUAAAUUGUGGAGAAAAUGAUUGCAUUCCAUGAACUGCCUGCAGACCUUAGCAAGCUCUUCAAAAAGUAACUCCAUAGUACACAGGAGCACCUGCAUCCGAGAGCAUGCUUACAUUUUACUGUUCUGCAUAUUACAAAAAAUAACUUGCAACUUCAGAUAACUUCUUUGACAAAGUAAAUUACGUUUUUGAUUGCAGUUUAUAUGAAACUAUACGAAGUUUUUAAUAAACUGCAUCGAGAUCCAACAGGCUAAAUUGUUAAAAAAAAAUCAAUAAAGAUUCUUAAAAGAAUUACAGUUGUGUUCAAGUUUGCUAUUUGAAAAAAAGGAUGAGGGACAGUGGUACUGAAUGGUCCUGGAUCCAAUGCUAUUCAAGGUAUUAGUUAUCAUAGCUGAGAAUGGAACUGAAGCAGUAUCUUAUAUAAAUAAUUUUGAGAUGGUGGUCCUUUCAGGAUUUAAAUAAAGAAUUUGAAUAUUCAUAUGAGUAGACUUCUCAUGGUCCCAAAGUUAAUGCUAUUCAAAAAACAAUUUUGUGAGAGCAUUAUAAAGUUGGUAAUAAGGAAGAGCUCUGUAAGAAAAACAGUUAACAGUUUGAGGCUUUUUCAAGACUGAUUAAGUUUUUAGACUAGAACAAAAUUAUUUACUUAAAACUCUCCAUAUGAAAUUGUUCUAGGAGUGUAUAGAGUAUAAAACAAAUAGAAUGCAAAUAAAUGUAUAAAAAUGAAGUGUCUUAAAGACAGAAUAUAUUAAAAUAAAACACUUUAAAAUAUAAGUUUAAAAAAUUUUCCUAAGAUCGUAAUGUAAGUUGAAACUUAGAUUUUCUUGAGAAUAAGUGUAAAAAAAA